UCAGAUCAGGGGUAUUAAAAUACUAUUUCUCCUUUAUGUAUUUCGUCGACCAACCAAAUGACCGGCAAGUACGCAUGAUACUUGGGAUAUACUGUAUAAAUCACGAUGGGGUAAAAUAGUAAACUCGCAUAGAGGUCCUUGGAUGAAUCAGAGUACAAAAAGAGAUUCACGAGAUCAAAGCAGAGGCUCAUGCUACUCCACGCCGAAGAGUUGCCUUUCCUACUUGAACCAGAACUGGAAGAGAUAAUUGAAGAGAAUUUAUAUGCUAAGUCUUUUCUGAAAAACACAACUAGUCAAACAUGAGGGAAUGCUGAUAUUCGGUCAUAACAAUGAUGGAAAGGCAAAGUUCUCAACAAAGGCAAAUUAUUGAAAUAAGUGUAGAUGUUCCUGAUGGGGCAAGGGGCUUUGGAGGUAGUAAGAUUUGUGGUGAAGCACCCUGUGGACUUGCAGAUGCUAGGACAAACUCUAAAGAAGCCAAAGAGCGAUCAGCUUCCAUGCGCAAGCUGCUAAUAGCAGUUGCACUUUGUGUUGUCUUCAUGAGCAUUGAGGUAGUUGGUGGCAUCAAAGCUAACAGUCUAGCAAUAUUAACUGACGCUGCUCAUUUACUUUCAGAUGUUGCAGCUUUUGCUAUUUCUUUGUUCUCCUUGUGGGCAGCUGGAUGGGAAUCAACUCCCCGUCAAUCUUAUGGAUUUUUUAGGGUUGAGAUUCUUGGUGCUUUGGUUUCAAUCCAGCUCAUCUGGCUGCUUGCGGGGAUUUUAGUGUAUGAAGCAAUUUAUAGACUAAUUCAUAAUACAGGGGAGGUGAAUGGCUUUUUAAUGUUUCUUGUUGCUACUUUUGGUCUUUUGGUGAACAUUGUUAUGGCUUUUGUGUUGGGCCAUGAUCACGGCCACAGCCACGAUAAUGAUCAUGGUCACAACCACGGUCAUGGUCAGAGUCACAGUCGUGUUGCUGAUUAUCAUGAUCCUGGUAUCAGUCAUAGCCACGGAAAGAUAAUCACUUCUGGUCAUCAUGAUCAUGAUGAAGAGCAUCAUCGUGAGGAGCAUUCUCAAGAAGAGCACUUUCAUACUGAAGAUCUUAGUCAGCCACUGCUAAGCAAACCACAAGUUGCACAACAAGAAAAGAAGCGAUGGAACAUAAAUGUGCAGGGAGCUUAUCUUCAUGUUCUUGGGGAUUCCGUUCAAAGUAUAGGAGUAAUGAUUGGAGGGGCAAUAAUCUGGUACAAGCCUAAAUGGAAGAUAGUUGACUUGAUUUGCACUCUCAUAUUUUCAGUUAUCGUUUUGGGGACUACAAUUAAAAUGUUGCGGAACAUACUUGAAGUCCUGAUGGAGAGCACACCAAGGGAGAUUGAUGCAACAAAGCUUGAGAAGGGAUUGCUGGAGAUGGAGGAAGUGGUGGCUAUUCAUGAGCUGCAUAUAUGGGCCGUCACAGUCGGAAAGGUCCUAUUGGCUUGCCAUGUCAAAAUCAGGCCAGAAGCAAAUGCAGACAUGGUGCUUGAUAAUGUGGUAGAAUAUAUUAGAAGGGAGUAUAACAUCAGUCAUGUGACUAUACAGAUAGAACGAUAGUUAUGAGUGAGUGUAUUAGCUGUAUUUCCAACUUCCAUUAUUGGAGCCUUCAGCUUUUGGGCAUUGAAAUUGAUACUUAGGCAAGGGAUAACUGAUAAUAUUAAAAAAUUGCACUUGAUUGCUGCUUAGUACUUCAUAUACAGAAUAGCUGUAGAGUUUAAUAUAACAUUUUUAGUUUUAUUGUA